UGAAUCUUCUAACCAGGACGGAUCAGACAGCACGCAAAAGCAGGCCCCUGUAAUUCGGCGACUGCACUUUGCAACGUGCCUCCUCGAGCUUCGCGCCAAGCCUCGGGUAGGAAGGGAGCUGGGGCUGGAGGCCAGCGCUCUGGGAGGACAGGGUCCGCGGGUAGCCCCGCGCGCCCCCGGCCAUGUCACCUUUAACGUCCUGCCCCUUUGCGUGGCCUUCUGAGGGUUUGCGCGGCAGGCCGGGGUUGCUUCUCACCCGCGCGCUCUCUCUCACCCCCAGCUAACCCCAACGGGCAGGGCUCCCCUGAGCCGAGACCUUUUGACUCUGCUCCCCCGCUUCCGCCUCCGCCCUCGCCCGGGGGUGGCUCUUGAGAGCCGGACCUCGCCGGCCCCGGCUGGGACCAUGGUGUUUCUCUCUGGAAAUGCCUCCGACAGUUCCAACUGCACCCACCCGUCGGCACCGGUGAACAUAUCCAAGGCCAUUCUGCUUGGAGUGAUCUUGGGGGGCCUUAUCAUUUUCGGUGUGCUGGGCAACAUCCUCGUCAUCCUCUCCGUGGCCUGCCACCGGCAUCUGCACUCGGUCACUCACUACUACAUCGUCAACCUGGCGGUGGCCGACCUCCUGCUCACCUCCACCGUGCUGCCCUUCUCAGCUAUCUUCGAGAUCCUGGGCUACUGGGCCUUUGGCAGGGUUUUCUGCAAUAUCUGGGCUGCGGUGGACGUCCUGUGCUGCACCGCGUCCAUCAUGGGACUCUGCAUCAUCUCCAUCGACCGCUACAUAGGUGUGAGCUACCCGCUGCGCUACCCCACCAUCGUCACCCAGAAGAGGGGUCUAAUGGCUCUGCUCUGUGUCUGGGCGCUCUCCCUCGUCAUCUCCAUCGGGCCGCUCUUCGGCUGGAGGCAGCCUGCCCCGGAGGACGAGACCAUCUGCCAGAUCACCGAGGAGCCCGGCUACGUGCUCUUCUCGGCUCUGGGCUCUUUCUACGUGCCUCUGACCAUCAUCCUGGUCAUGUAUUGUCGGGUGUACGUGGUGGCCAAGAGGGAAAGCAGGGGCCUCAAGUCUGGCCUCAAGACCGACAAGUCGGACUCAGAGCAGGUGACGCUCCGCAUCCAUCGGAAAAAUGCCCCAGUAGGAGGCACCGGGGUGUCCAGCGCCAAGAGCAAGACGCACUUCUCAGUGAGGCUCCUCAAGUUUUCCCGGGAGAAGAAAGCGGCCAAAACACUGGGCAUCGUGGUGGGCUGCUUCGUCCUCUGCUGGCUGCCUUUUUUCCUAGUGAUGCCCAUUGGGUCUUUCUUCCCUGAUUUCAAGCCCUCGGAAACCGUUUUUAAAAUAGCAUUUUGGCUCGGAUACCUAAACAGCUGCAUCAACCCCAUUAUAUACCCGUGCUCCAGUCAGGAGUUUAAAAAGGCCUUCCAGAAUGUCUUGAGAAUCCAAUGUCUCCGCCGAAAGCAGUCUUCGAAACACAACCUGGGCUAUACACUGCACCCGCCCAGCCACGCCCUCGAGGGGCAACACAAGGACCUGGUUCGCAUCCCAGUAGGAUCUGGAGAGACCUUCUAUAAGAUCUCCAAGACGGAUGGGGUCUGUGAAUGGAAAUUUUUCUCUUCGAUGCCCCGUGAAUCUGCCAGGAUCACAGUGUCCAAAGACCAGUCAGCCUGCACCACAGCCCGGGUGAGAAGUAAAAGCUUUCUGCAGGUCCUCUUGCCAAAAGGGAUGCUGCCUCUGCGUAUGAGUACUUGUUGACUUAAUUAAGGAAAGAGCUCUGCUCGUCAGCAAAGGGAGAAGGGAGCCCAAGCCCGUGGAAGGUAAAAUCCGCAAGCAAAAAUAGGGUGACCAAAAAGAAGGCAAUGGUGGCCAGUAGGAAGGCAUCAGAGGUGUGCUCACUGUUACUCUGAUUUCUUUUUAUACUACUAGGACUUUUAACCCUGAAACCACCUGCACACGGCUCCGGUCCAGCCUGGUUGGAACACUGUUGGCACCUGCUCCUUGUCUACACACUAUGCUGGGGAGCAGGGCUGAACCCAGGCUGCUGUGGGGUCCACCGUCUUCAAAAAGCAAUGACAGCGUGGCCUCCUGGGCCUCCAAAGUCCCCACAGGAUGAGUGAGUGGAAAUGACUUUGGGGGCGGGCUGACAAAAUCAGACUAGGAUCUCGACAGAGGACACCGGGCCCCUUGCCACUAUUCCCAUGAGCAUGGCCUCCCUCAUGCCCCUCAUUCUAGACCCAGAUGACAGUGGAGCUCAUCUGCUCUGUGCAAGAAAAUAUCAUUUCUUCCGUGCUACCCCAACAUGGAUUCCUGAGUCUCCCACCUAAAAGGAAGGUUAUGGCAGUUUAUGGAAGUGGGCAGGGGGCGGUGUUGAGGAGGAAGGGGAAAGCUUACCCUGGACGGCGCUCAAAGCAGGAUGCUUGGUUUCCUAGCACUGGGCUGCCUCUGAUAAGCAAGGAACUGUGUGAAGCCGCUCACUUCUUCAUUUCCAAACACAAAAUGAUUGUCUUUCCUUUUCGUGGGGCCCAGGAGUCAUUACAGCACUGUCCUCUGUAUUACAGGCAACAGAGCACCUUAGAAGCUGGAAAUGAUUAGAACUAAACUAUGAAAAAUACAGACUUAAUUAGGGGAGAAAAAAUUCCAAGAGCAAAUUCUUACUGUAUUUGUAGGGAAAAAAUAAGGCGCCAACCUAUUAAGAAGCCCAAGUACAGAAAGUACCUUCAGAUGCAGUAGAAAGGAAGCUAAGACAGGAUGUCCCAACAUGAGCUUAGCACAUCCUCCCAUUUACAGAACACUUUGUACUUGCCCAAGUAAUUUCGCCUAACCCAAGCCGUCCCUGUGAGGGACAAAGCUAAGGAAGGGUGUGCCAUCGAUUCUUAACAUCUGAAGAAACCAGGGGAUGUAGAGACUUAAGGAGGAUGCUUCAGAUAGCCCCAAAUCCAGCCUCUGACUCUGUUUUACGUGACACCCACGGUACCCCCAAGGUCCACUGUUUCUUAAGACCAUGAAUUUCAUAUGUCACUCACUCAUCUCUGAUCCCUAUUUUCAGCUCCAUUGGCACCUUCUCUCAUAUUAUAUCCCUGCCCGUGUUGGGCAAUGUAAGAUUGUUCGGAGUGCAUAUUUGCCUGUGCUUUUGUCAUUGGCUAAAGGACUAACAGAUGUCAUUCUGUUCUUUCUCCCUAGUUAGGCAGCACCAGAGCUAAAGAAGUAAGCAGGGCCGCAGGCGCUUGGCUUGGUCAACAGGGUGGCAAGACAGGCAAAGCCAGAAGUGGUAAACACCUUAAGGACCUUGGGAUUGCAAAGGUUGCAAAGGGAGUUUGGGAGGUUCCUCUUCCAGUGAGCCCCUUCAUCACUGUCAGCAAGCUGCUCGCUUCCUCUCCUUCACCAGGCACUGCAUUCGGCACCAAAAAAUGCUAAGAGGCACAGACAGUCCCCAGCUUGGGAGCUGGGUGGGUUCCAAGUCAAGAACACAUUUUUCCAAGAAGCAUUGUUACAGAAAGGGGAGGGGAAGGGUGCUCCCAAAACAAGUAAAAAAAAUAAAUAAAUAAAGAUCUAUUUAAUGUACACCUGGGGUUGGCAAACUUUUUCUGUAAAUGGCUAGAGAGUAAAUAUUUGAGGCAUUGUGGGCCAUAUGCUCUCUGUCACACAUUCUUUUUUGUUGGUUUUAUUUUUUGCAUUUUUUUGGACAACCCUCUAAAAAUGUAGAAUCCAUUCUUAGUUCACAGGCCAUAGCAAAAAACAAAAACAAAAAAGCAAACAGCCCAUGGGCCUUAAUUCACCAUCCUUGAUCUAGGCCAUCUCAAGCUUACAGUAUAAGAGUAAUAACUGCUAAGCAGUGGAUUUUGGUGUUCAACUUAAAAGCAUCUUUUUUAAAAUAUGCCAUUGUCACAUCUCUACUCGACCACAUUAAUAUUUCCAAGCUGUUUGAUUUGUUAGAUGAAGAGACAAGUUCAUACCUGGGGCGGGGUUGGGGGGCUGCUCCAUAUAACCCACUCACCCAAAAGACAUACUCUAGUACCUCAUUGUAACUUUCUACCCAAGCAUCGGGACAAACGGGGAGCACACACCACCCCUUACCACUGCUAGGUUCUGUAGAACAGGCAGGCUGCAGAAGCCCACCGGUGGUGUGGGGGUGGGAUCUUUCAUCUUUUCACCCCACUAAAAAUCUCCCAGCACAAUCCAUCUGACGCCAUGAGUCGCAACAACCGGUGGGUGACAUUUGACCACAGCUGAUCUGACAUCCCUGCCAGAGCACUGGAUCCUGUUAAAAUGGGUCCCCAGAGGCUUUGGGGGUCACACUUGGCUCCUUGGGAAGACCUUCUGACCACAGCACCCUGCACCAGGACUUCUGAGGGUCCGCCCUGGGGAUCACCAAGAAGCGGGGUACAGAAAAGGUGCUGGAAGGGAGGGACAUCUUCCAAAGACAUGUAAUAGCUUCUAGCAGGACUUCUCUCCCCUCUCUUCCUCAUCCUUUCCCUUCUUUCCCUGGUUUUCAUUUUUAAGUCUGAAGUCACCUAACUAGACUCUAAAUGGUGUUCCCAUAGGGAAACAUUCAGUCCUCCCCUGCAACAAUGAAGCCAUGUUUCCCGAAGUAGCACGUUAUUGGAGAGAAACUUCCUUCCCCAUCCCCAUCCCCUAUCCAGUCCUGAUGGGCAGUGAGGGGAAGGCACACACUGUCGGUUGGAAACAAGGGGUGCUGUUCUGGUGACCUAGGCCAACGUCCACCGUGUUGAGAGAUGAGACUCUACAGCAGGGCCAGGGGUGAGGGAAUGGGAAUGGAUGCGGAACUGAUGAGGAAGGACCCAGAACUAUCGAUAAUAAUAUCAGGAAUAUAUCUAGUAAUGGAAUAAUAUCAAAAAUAUCAGUACUAACAGCAAUACCUACGUUGGGCACAGAAAGGAAGGCCUGGGAUGACCCUGUGUGGCAGCUUUUCUUCCCCGUCCCCUUCCAUCUUGACCUUAUUCUUCUCUUCUUUCCAGUUUUAUUUUCUUAUCCCAGGCUUCCUCUCCAUGAAUCUACCCUCUAUUUUUUUCAAACUGACAAGCAAUGAAUGAGGGGGUAGUUACCCUUGCCCCAGGGGGCGCCAGUUCCCAUGGGAUACAGUGCUCUGUGCGUCACCCAGGUGACAAGGAGGGCUUCCCUCAGCAUCUCUGUCCCCUCCUCGGGUCAGGCCUGACACUGCAAGUUGGAGUCCCUGAGGCCCCGGGGAGCCACAGGCAGGAGAGACCCCUCCACAAGGACUGGUACCUGGGCCCCCACGGCUGUCUUUCUGGGCUUCUACUACGACUAGUUCCACGUGAAGGGAACAAACACAGUGUGGUGAUGGUCAGGCGUGAUUUCCGGUUAUUUCUAUCCCCACCCACAGGUGAGCACCUCUUUGACCAGCACCUCCCUCUCACUUGGACAUGUCAGAAAUCUCUCGCCCUACAAUGUCACCUUCUCUUUCUCCCCCACGUCAUUGGUCUCUUGCCUCCGUGUGCCUUCACCUUUCACUCUCCCACUUAGCCCUUAGGGCCAUGGUGAAUCCCAAAGCAAACUUGGUUUCCUGUUAGCAUUAAGCAAGAUAAACAAUUAAGCAACAGUCGCUCCCUCAGAAGGCACACUGAACAAAACUCAACAGAUCCCAACAGGGUGAAAAGUGCUCCUUACCGGCUGUUCCCAAUGCCUGUCUCCAUCCCCACCAGCUCCUCUGUCCUAGGAACUUAUUCACGGACUCUCUCUAUUCUCUCAACGUAACUUUGUGCCGGGAACCUCUCUCCCCUUUGCAGAGGGUCCUCUCCUACCCAGAGUGCUCCCACUUUUGCUCACACAGCUCCUCCUGGGGUAGUCUGUCCCAGCAGUCACAGCAGAAAACCCCAGUCUAGGGGCUUCGGUAUAGACAUUUACUCUUUUGCAGUGUUCGAAGCUGGAUGUCUGAGACCAAGGGUCUCCAGGCUGGUUUCCUCAGAGACUUCUUUCUCUCCAUGGCCUGUAGCUGGCUGCCUCCCCCCAGGGUCUGCCCAUCAGUGUGUCUGUGUCCUCAUCUCCUCUUCUCUAAGGACACAGCCUGAUUGGAUCGGGGCCCAUCCCAAAGACCUCAUUUAACCUUAACCUCCUCUUUGAAGAAUGUUUCUCUAAACACAGUCUCAUUCUGAAGUCCUGGGGGUUAGGACUUCAACAUAUGAAAUUGGGGGUGGGGGGCAGGGUGGGGGACAAUUUAACCCAUACAAUUUUCUCCCCACUCUCUCCUUUCUGUCUGCAAAAUCUUAUCCACAAUUCUUUCCCCAAAUCAAAUGUUCAAAUUGAGCCCUUUCCGACCAUCCUCUCUGAGUUCCUACGGCAAUUAUCUCUAAAUUGUGUUUGACAAUUAAUUGUGCACUCUGUUUUUCAUCUGUCCCUGCUUUUUAAAAAAUCUAUAGUUUUUUCACCUUAAAACAUACUUUACACUUCGCCUCUAUAGAUUCUGUCUUUCAACCAGAUUAAAACUCUGUCACGUCACUUUGUAUGCCCAGAGCAGUACUCAUCCCCUGGGGGAUCCUAUCUAAAGAGCAGGGCCCCUCCUGAGCAAGCAGCGAAGGGUCAAAGAGGGACAAGGGACCAGAGCCAAGAACUAGUGCUCAGGCAGAGACUGAGAGACCAGGUCGACAGGGCCUUGGAAAUACCAGAUGACCCACCAGAAAGGCUUGGGUGAUACGGCUUCUGAACAGUGACAAUGAGAUUCUAACCAGGGGUGCAGAGCACAGCAGUAGGGAAUCCCGAGUUAACUGCCACCUUAAAACAGGGCAGGCACCGAAUCCCCAGGAGACCUGUGCACCCGGAAAAACAGAUCACCAUCUGUGAGUGGGCCAGACCCUAGACCCUGCGAGCCAGGUGAGACACAGUAAGGUGGGGUGAAGAACCAACAACAGAAUCCAGUCCCAGGAAAUGGUUCACUGAGGAGCACACUAUAGGCUGUGAUCCCCACUGGGCCCCAAUCCUGGCGAUGGGGGAGUUAACGCUGUUUCAGGGAUGUCCGCCCCACAUCAGGAGCAGCAUGGGAAAUGGGUGCCAACGAGCCUUCAGCGUGCCUUCCCUUCCCCUAUCUCAUAGCUCAGGAAGAAUAGACGAAAGAAAGUGACACUGACUUGCUUGGAUAUGAGGAUAUAGACAGCCAUUCCCUGAUAAAAGGCGUUCUAAUUCUGACCUUCGGAAGACCGCUAUUUCUGCCCCAGCCCUCAGGGACUCUAGUGUCUGGUCUUAGCUCCCCCCUGCUCCUGCCUCUCGGUGGCUACUGCCCAUUCUCUGUGAUUUUAGAGUGUCUUGGCCUGGUCACCUUGCUUCUCUUGAGAAAUUCAGCCCCAUUUCUGCUUCAUCAACCCCACCUAAGCCUUUUACUGUAGACAAAUUGAUUGCUGGCAGGGUACUGCCGUGACGGUCAUGGAGUGAUGUCUUCUGCCUGGUUCCUGCUGAGAAGCAAAGAGCAUUUAUUCUCAUUUGGAAGGACCGGGACUGCUCUCACUGCAUAACCACGGCUGUCGUGCUUUCUGGGCAAGGCACAGUGCCACUUUGGUUUCCCAUGCCUCCCUGGGGCACUGCUCAAGUUGGAAGUGUUUCUUGCCGCACAAUCUCCAUCACAAUGGAACGGGCUUGUUGGCUAAGAGUUUGUACUUCAUCCGGUUCCAUCCCGUCUAGAAAUCACAGGAGGAAAAAUCACAUGAAAAGCCAGAGCCUACCAAAGUAGUGAGUGUAUUUAAACGAAAACCAUCCAAAACCAGGUUUGACUGAGGACAGCAAUGGCUUAUUGAUGUAUUCACUGAAAAACAAACAAACAAACAACAACAAAAAAAACUUGUCUUUCUUCCACAGUCUGGUCCCCAUUCCUUUUGCUAAACCCAGCCUUAUCUUCAUAAUAAAAAGGUUUCAGCUCUGCAGCUUGGCUAA